AUGAGUAAGUACAGAGAGCGAGCCCUCGAAGACCUCUGCGAUGAUGCUACUUUCUCGCUCUCACAGCCCCAGGUCAGUGCAGUAUUGAGAGGAAACUUCCAAAUUCAAGGGCCAGUUGAUGAGUCAAAUCAUGACUUGCCGACCCAUAUGGCAACAGCUAAUAUUUUCAAGGGAUUGAGUAUUUGUUCUGUGAGCGAAGCAGUUAGUUAUAGAGGGAAGACGGGGACGUGUAAUGUAUGCUCUGCUCCUUGCUCAUCUUGCUUUCAUGUUAAAAAGGAUCUAAUGAAACCAAAUGAUGAGUCUGCUGGAGAAACCGUUGCGGAGAAUAUCGAGAUUGAGCAGCCAAGUGUGCUGAGCACUGUGGCAGGCAUGAAUUCAAUUUCUGAUUCUUUCUGCAAAAAUGCAGUUGGUAAGACAUCCUUGAGAACAUCAAAUGGAUCUGCAUCAGAUGAUGUUGUGGUGCAUUCGAUAUCUGAUGGCCAGAGAGUUCCAGAAGGCCAUGAUGAUUGUUUGUCAGGCAUUAGCGGAACCAAUGGACAUCCAACUAAUAAAGUUACUUCAGAGGAAAGUAUGAUGAAGUAUAACAAGACAGGCAAAGUUAGUGGAGCGAGCUCUGCUCAGGUUCGGAGUAAUUUUUCUCCAGCUUCCGACGAAAUAUGCAUAUCACCCAGCCAACACCCAAGAGAUCUGAAAGAUGGCAAGAUUUCUUCUACAAAGAGUGAACUGUUGGAUGGCUCAACUGAAUCCAGAGAUUUGAUAUCGCCCAGAGGUGUAGCAUUUGAUGUUAGUGGAGAUCCUCUCGCUGCAGCUGCCAGUCCCAGUCGAAAGAAUGACCAUAUGGAGGUUGAAACUCAACCUGUUGAUGAAAUGGAUGAGUCGGACAUGAUGGAGCAAGAUGUGAAAGUUUGUGAUAUCUGUGGAGAUGCAGGGCGAGAGGAUUUGCUUGCAAUCUGUUCUCGCUGCACUGAUGGGGCAGAACACACCUAUUGUAUGCGAGAAAUGCGGACUGAAGUCCCUGAAGGUGAAUGGCUGUGUGAAGAGUGCCAGGCUUUAGAGCGCGCCGUCAAGAGAAGGGAAAUAAAGAUUGAAAGAAUGAAUGAAAUUGAGAAAAAUAACUCUGGUCACACUACCAGUGAACACUUAAAUAAUUCUGAUGUUGAUGGACAGAAAACAAAAGGUUUGACGAGAAUUUCUAGUAAAAGGCAUAGAGAUGAUGAUGAUGCCGAAGUUUCUUCUUUAGUAAAGAAGCCUGCUCUUGAGUCAAAACUUGGAUCACCUAGGCCCUUAAAUUCUGGCAAAGUAGCUGUGCUUACUCGUGAAAAUUCUGUAAAGAUCUUAGAUAAAGGUAGGGUGCAGCCUCAAGACAUAGCCCCAGUUAAUGAUACCACAGAAUCAGGAAGCUCUGCUUCAGACCUGAGGGUGCGGGGUUUUCGAGGUACUUUCGCAAAAUCUAAUUCAUUCAGUUCCCUGAAUUCAAAACCAAAGGUCAAGCUUGUAGAUCAAGCUGUUAUUCAAGGACAGAAAUCAGCUAAGGAAGCCAGCUCUUUUCGUCACAAGGAAGGUGUUGUCAGAUCGAUUGGAAAAUCUAUGUCAUUUAAAUCUACAAACUCUGGCCGUCCUGAAUCAAAAGUAAAGAUGUUAUCUCCGAGACUUUCGCACAUCCAGGACAUUAAAAAUACGAAACUGAGGAAUUCAUUUGAACAUCAGCGUGCCCUCAGAACAGAACGUUCAUCAGUCAGUUCAAUGAUGAGUACUUCUGUGAGUUCUACACCAAAAAUUGAUAAAAGAACGCCUUCACUUGCUACCAUGGCUAAUAACCAUGAAACGAAGCCUGUACAGGCUGAUAGCAAACCAUCAACACUAUCAAGAUCAUCCAGUCUUUCUGCUCGAAGGACUGCAGAUCUAACCAGUUCUUCAGGUGAAUUCAAGAGGCCAUUGGUACACGGGCAUUGUACUGUUGGGGGUUCGUCUGCUAAUGGGGUCAGCAGUAAUGAAAACAAAGUAAAUCAGACGAACUUGAAGUCGGAUUCAAUUUCUGCUGAAAGGUCUGCACUGAAUAUGGAUGUAGGUAUAUCUGUUGGAUUGCCUCGGCUUAGGGAUUUAACAAAUUCAUGUGAGAGAAUGAAGGAUUGUUCUGGAAGCCGCUCUGGCCCACCAUCUGCAAUGCCCGCAAGAGAUGAAGGUGAUAAUCUUAAAGCUGCCAUUGAGGCUGCUGUGCUGAGGAAACCAGGUGUCUACCGGAAAAAUAGAGCUGUCGGUCAAUCUGAUGACUCAUCCAUGCCAAGUUUGGGUGUUGAAGUGACCUGUCAUCAAGAUCCUAUAUCAAGUUCUGCUGCAAAUAGAAAAUUGUCUUCUGUUGCGGAGCUGCCUGAGGGACCUACGAUUGCAAGGAAUUUAAUUGCCGACUCUCAUAAACAGGAAAAUUCCGAUUGUGUGAAACAGUCUUCACUGGUUCUUGUAGAGGGCCUUCCCACUGCAGGACAAGAUGGUGUCCCUAGUAGCUCUUCCAGAAGGGAUGUGCUCAGUAGUAUUCCACCAGGAAUGCCUCUCUCUUUGAACUCCUUAGCAGUUCCCGAACAUGAAUAUAUAUGGCAAGGAAGUUUUUUGAUUUCUCGAAGUGGUAAAAAUAUUAACUCAUGGGAUGGAAUCCAAGCCCAUCUAUCAACAUGUGCAUCCCCCAAAGUUACUGAGGCUGCAAACAAGUUUAAUAGCAGAAUUUCACUCAAUGAAGUGCCUCGCUCAAGCACCUGGCCAAUACAUUUUCAGGAACAUGGUGUUAGAGAAGAUAAUAUAGCUCUAUUCUUUUUCGCUAAAGAUCUUGACAGCUACGACAAGAUUUACAAGGUUUUACUAGAUAAUAUGAUGAAGAAUGAUCUUGCUCUGAAAGGAAAUGUUGAUGGCGUUGAACUGCUGAUAUUUCCUUCCAGCCAGCUCCCUGAUAAUUCUCAGCGGUGGAAUAUGUUAUACUUCCUGUGGGGUGUAUUCAGAGGAACGAAAGAAAGUUGCCUGCGACAGAUGCCUGAAUCACUGAACCAAUUUUCUGCCCCUCGAAAUAUUCCCCCGUUCAUCAUGUCCUUGCCUGAGAAUAGAUGCUCACUCAGACCUAUUCCGGAGAAUCUGAAUGGGAGUAAAGAGGCAGUGACUCAAGUACUUGAAAUGCCUGCUUCAGAAGAAUCGCAGAGAUUACUGUCGUUUAGUAAUAGAGACUCUGAUGCCAAUUUUCUUGAUCGGUUGGAUCACCAACUUAAUUCCAGUUUGCCACCUGCGAUACAAAAUGAUAAUGCAAACCGAUGCCAAGAUAUGACGAGAACUUCCCAGGAAAGAGACGAAAGUUCCAGCUGUAGUCCUCACCACCAUGGUACGGAAAAUGUUUGUUCUCCUCAAAAGCAGCUAGAGCAAUUGGACACUCCAGUUGAUAGACAUGAGCUCCCUAAAUCUGUGGAUGGUCCACCAGAGGAAUUCAUAAGUGAAGCUUGUAUGCCGGAUAAGGUGGAUGAAGUGAGAUCACCGGCUAGACUGGCCGAAUCGGAAUCUGUUUUGAAGGAUCACCAUCGGGACACGAGAGAUAUGAACAUGGAGAAGCAGCACGAGAGAUGGAUGUUUAACCACAACGAAUAUAUGCUACCAGGGCCAUCGUCAGCACCCGUGGUGCCUCCAACCCUUUUUGGCGGGGCAACUCGGGUGCUGCCAGGCAGCGAUGCUGGUAAUGAUAUACAUCAAAAAACGAAUAAUCACCACAAUUUCAUUCUCGACCAAACUGCUGCUGCUGCUGCUGCUGAGAGACGCUUCUUUCCGACUGCCGAAUCACAAUUGCCGUGGAAACUGCAUAAUCACCAUCAUCAUCUGGUGGAACAAGAAGAUAGGCUUAGUGAUAGAUUAGCACCACCUGAUCUCGAGCUUGCUUUAGGGGCUUCUGAUAGAAAGUCACCACCACCUGCCGCCAUUAUUCAGUCAUAUGAUUUAGUGAGAAUGGGAAGCAAAGCAGUAGUAAACGAUAUCAAAGUAAAUGAGGAUGAAGGUGAUGGGGCAGGUGGGGCAGAGGUAGAGGUAGAGGAUGAUGUGGCGGCAGCACUUUCCCUAUCACUCUCUUUCCCGUUCCCCGACAAGGAAAUGACCUCAAAAUCAAAGACAGAGAGAACGUGUCAACAAGACUUGAAUGCUUCUCUUUGGAAAUUUGGGAGAUGA